AUGGAAGAUGACGAGGGACGCUCGCCAGGGUCAACUAUGGCUUAUUCGGAGGUAGAUGAACAAAUGACAAUUCAAGCUUCAUCACCUAUACGCGCAGACUCUAGUCGUUUCGUUCAGCACUUUGCUUAUAAUUCUGAUUCACAGCAACAAAUGGCAUCAGAAGGGAUCAAAACACCAGGAGAUAUCGUGGCCAUUGCACAAAUGCUCACCAAAUCAAGCACCGCCCGAAAGCGUAAGGAGCCUCCAGGUGUUGUAGCUAAUAAUUCCACACAUGCUGGGAAUAAAGUGAAGCAUUUGAAAAAGGAUGAUGGCGAGCCAUUAUGGAGAAAAGACAUUCAAUACGACUUUCUAAAGGCAGUUUUCGACGACCCUAAUGAAGUGUUCACAAACAGUUAUGAGCCAGACUCUCCAAAGCAAACUUUUGCUAACCUUUACAUUGAUACGAUGGCUAGGAGUAGCAAGACUAGUAAGAUCUUGCGGGAUAAACUCUUGACCGAACAUGAACCAGCAAAAAAUAUGGCCAUGGUCUGUCUUCUAGUAAAUCUAGGCCGUAUGAAUACCACAUUGAACUUCUUUCCCGAAAUGAGGGCACAACUACGUACCUACCAUGCAAUACCAUCUUUACAAGCAUAUCAAGAUCCAAACUCUUACAAACAAUUACAAGAUGCACCUAGAUUAAAAUCGAUACUGAAGGGAGCUUCGGAAGAUCGACCUGAGCCUAGCUCACUUGAUAAAAUAAAACACAAAAAUGUACCUCGAACGAACCCCGUAAACUUAAUAUUUGUUCUGGCUCAGUAUGCGCCACGGGUUACAGAGCUACACAUGCCGCCUGAAAGGGACUUCUACGACUUAAUCAUGGCUGAGAACCUGUCGAGCGAAUCAAGAGCCAAAGCAUUUCUUUGGCUUUUAUGGUUCUAUCUUGAAUCUGACUUCACUGAAGAGGGUGCCGACGAAAAUCCGUUCGGACCUGGAGUUGAUUAUGAAGUAAACGUGAGAAACCAAGGCGUUCCAAGAUUCAAGGUUCUUACGCCUAAAGAGCAAGAUCUAGAAAAUUUAGACACACCUGAAGAGAAAGAGUACGGUUAUGCAAAGAUGAAAGAGCGAAAAAGAAUAAUUGAGGCAGAUCAGGCUGCAUUUCAAGCUGAGAAUGGUCCACCUAAGCGAGGACCGAAGCCAAAACUUCACUUACCACCUGAUGAAGGUGGUACUCUCUCAGCUAUUGCAGGAAGAAUCCGCCCGAAAUUUGAACUCACAGGUGAAAGCCCAAGUAUACUUCUGGGAAGGAUAAGACCAAAGUAUGAAUCAGAUUUAGAUAGUACUCGUUCGACGCCCCCACCGCGUGUUGUUAGCGUGAUGCGAGUUCAAGGAACGAAAGCACGCGGAUCGCUUAAGCAUGCAUUUGUAGAAGGCUCGUCGCCCGUUCCUCAAGGAGAACUCGCUCAACGUCGCUCACGUCCACUGACAGCACAUCAACUAGCAGUUGAACGUAAUCGUAACCAACGAGUUGACUAUAUCCUUAUUCGUGGUCUUCGGAGAACGCACCAUCAGGCUAAGAAAGAACGCAAACAGCAAGGUGCAUUUUGGAGGGCUCUUCAGAGAAUUAACAAAAUGGUUGAUCCCCUUGAAGAUAGCGAGGACGAAACUACACUUCAAAGAGAUCCCUUGCACUUUAAGGAGAAAGGAUUUGGUGGGAUCGUGCAGCUAGAAACUGAAGAAGACGAUUUCGGAGAGGAAUUUUCAUCCUAUGCCGCAGCAUUUAGACGCAUGGGGAGACGAUUAAACCGCUGGGAGGGACGGAAAAGUUCAAAUGAUGGUAGUAUUGGGAUUAGAAAAACUACAAAACCAACACUAGAAGAUAAAAAUACAAGCGAUCGUAAUAACGACGACACGGAAGACGAACAGCCGGCCUGUAAAAAGCUUAAGAAGGGUAUGAAAAAGAAUGGAAAUAUAGAUGAAGAUGAGCAUGAGGAUUUAGAUGAUAUGGAAAAAGAGAUACUCGGCCUCCAAAGCGAUUGUGAAGAUGGUGAUGAAGAUCUUGAUGAUGUUGACAAGGCCUUGCUGGGUCUUGGUGGCGAAGAGACAGAAGAAGAAGAAGAGGAAGAAGAUAUUAGUGACGAUGUUUGA